GAGACGGUAUGGUUGUCAAAGAGAUCCACCGUCCACAUGGAAUAUUUUAUGAGGGUCACGUAACUUCGGAUCCAAAUUCUCAUGUAGCUGUUCGGGAGACUGAUGAUAAGGGUCAGCUGAGUGGUGCUUUAGUGAGUGGUGGCCAUCUGUACCAUUUGGAGCCUCUGUCAAGUCAUCUUCAUCGGCGAGCGGCAUUACAAGGAUCCGAGUACCAUGUUAUCUCCAAACGAAGCAUUCGAGAUAUGCUAAACCAAAACCUUAUGUCGACUCAUAAUAAAGGGAAGACGCAAGAACAAGAGGAGAUCCAAGUUGAUCAGACCGAGACUCCCAAGAGUAGAACUAAACGUGACAACAUUUACAAUGGCAAUAUAUAUAUCGAGGCCAUGCUUACCGCUGACAAAACAACCUGCGAUUUCUAUGGCAACGGCACACUUGACUACCUCCUGAACAUUGCUAAUCUAGUCAAUCGGCUUUACAAAGAUAAGUCCAUUGGAAUGCCCGUGUCCUGGGUUCUCACGAAGGUCUUCCUCAUCGAAGGGUUCGACCCGGACUUGGACUUUGCAGCAAACAACAUACGCUCUGCAGGAUCGUACCAUGGGAAAUUCAAAAAUUGGGCCUUCGAUAGGAACCCUGCAAAUGGUAAACAAGAACAUUAUGAUAUUGCUGCCAUGCUUACAAGGAACGUAUGCGGUCUGAACAGCUGCUCCAUCAAUGGGGUCGCAAAUAUGGGACUUUGUGGCAAAUACCCUGGCGUGAGCAUAAACGUGGCUAUUGGACUCAGUGCAGCAUACACUGUGACGCACGAAGUGGCUCACAACAUUGGUGUAGGGCAUGAUAAUGGGGACUGCCACAGGAUGGGAGCUAUCAUGCACAGGCAACAGGCUCAUGGCCCGAACGCAUUCCAUUGGUCCCCUUGCAGCAUGAAGAAACUGAAAGAGAGGUUUACGUUACACAAAUGCUUACACAACCAACCACCGGCACAGCUUCCUCUCCCCAGUCUUCCUCCUCUCUUUUCAGCUGACGAACAGUGCCAAAUGGCCUAUGGGAAAGACUAUACUGUGUGCGGUCCAACACUUAGAGAAAGCUGCGGAGCACUUUUCUGUGAAGGAAAAGGAGGAAGCUGCUUCACUAGAUCUUCACCAAUCGCUGAGGGAACGUUAUGUGGCAUCAGGAAGAUCUGCCUGGCCGGACAUUGCAGACAUGAACCAAGAGUACCAGGGCCAAUUGACGGUGGGUGGGGCUCUUGGGGAUCGUAUGAAGCGUGUACACGAACUUGUGGGGGAGGGGUGAGAUACCGAAGUCGACAGUGCAACAACCCAGUACCUAAAUUCUACGGAAAAGCGUGCGAGGGAUCCAGCAAAGGUCACUUUGAAAUGUGUAACACUCAGGAGUGCAGUGUUGAUCGUUUUCGUCAUCAGCAAUGUGAAGCACACAACACGGACAGUACGAAAUACCGUCCUCACUUUUUGGGAGGCAGUAGCAAGUGUACUUUGGCUUGCGUGACCGGGGGUAGAGGAUAUUAUUUUGGCGACGUCACGGAUGGGACUCGUUGUGAGGGGAAUAAAAAUGUGUUUGAUGUCUGCAUUGAAGGAAAAUGUGUGCCGGUCGGUUGUGAUAAGAAGCUGAGAUCUGGCAAAGUAUUGGAUCGAUGUUUGAAUUGUGGAGGAGACGGUGGAUCAUGUGUUUUGGUUGGGGGGAUGUACACAAAGGACUAUCGAGUAUAUGGGCGCAACAACGGAGACAUCAUGUUCACCAUUCCAAAAGGAGCGACAAAUGUCCAGAUUCAGGAGAUGAACAAAUCUUACAACUUCCUGAGUAUAAAGUCAACGAAAGCAGUCAAAGCAGUCGAUUACUACGUCCCAGUCCCAAGCUGGACGAAUACUUACGCGGCCGCAGGCACGUUCAUUUACCACUACAUGAAAAAGUAUAUUGAUGCUGAGCGAAUUACUAUCAGAGGACCGACAAAUGAAGACCUAGAUGCGAUGUACGUUCAUCCUGGAAGACAUGGCAAUCCGGGUAUAUCUUAUAGCUAUUAUAUCCCUGGAAAUGGAAAAAGCACAACUUUCAAAUGGAAACAAAUAAUCAACGGCGAAUGCAGUACCACAUGUGCCGGAGGUGUUCAGCAUAUUAAAGUCACGUGCCACCGUGAGGAUGACGCAAGUGAGGUCUCUUCUGAUUAUUGUGACAAGAACACUAAACCAGUGGAGUCCAAGUUCUGUAACCUGGCCCCUUGUCCGAAGGAAUAUAAGUUGGGAGCCUGGAGUCAAUGCUCCGAAUUGUGUGGAGGUGGUCAGCAGCACAGAAAUCUGACAUGCGCACAAGUCAUGACACAGAAGUACACCAAAAUUCUACCAGAUUCUAGUUGCACCAAUUUGUCAAAACCAGAAAGUUACAAACCCUGCAACAAUAUAGAUUGUAUGCCUCAAUGGGUUACUGGAGAAUGGACACAGUGCUCGGUACCUUGUGGUGGUAAUGGCACUAAAACACGUCUGGUGGAAUGUAAGAGGAAGCUUGCUAAUGGCUCCUGGCUUGCCUUGCCAGAAGAUCAUUGUACUGAGAAGCCAUCUUCACAAACUUCAUGCAAUAAUGUGCCCUGUUACAAAUGGCAAGUUCAGUAUCCUUGUGCCAGCUGUGGAGGUUCGGAUAUGAGUUACUUUCCGAUCGGUUGUUUCAUGGACAAACACAUCGGGGAGCGACCGUUAGAAAAAUUGGUUGCAAAUUUUCGUAACGGCAUUGACUGGUACCACAUGAGUAAAACGGUAAAGAAAUGUGCUGAGGAUGCUUUGAGCAAGCAUUACGAUGUCUUCGGAGUCCAGUUCUACGGAGAAUGCUGGUCGGGCGACGAAGGCUACAAAACCUACGAUAAGGAUGGUUUUAAUCUGCAAGGUUGUUGGGAAGGAGUGGGAAAGUCAAAUAAUAACUACGUUUACGCCUUCACCAGCAUGGUUUCCCAGCCUCGUGUUGAUUGCAUCUACGUAGCAAAUGGACAGAUUGUCCCGGAUGAAAAAUGCAGCGCCGCAAAGCCCUUGGCUAAAAUGAAACGUUGCUCUGAUGUGUGCAGGAAUUAGGAGAAAAAAAGAAAUAACAGUUUACCUAAAGGAAUAAGGUCGUUAACGAUGAUCGAAGAAUCCUAGAGGCAGCAAAGACAAAUUUGAUCUAGUUUCAUUAUGAUUGUUUCUUUAAUCAAAUAAUAUUUUUGUUAAUUUUGUAAAAUGGGAAAUAAUGAAUAAACUAUGAGGCAAGCA